UUACCGAGCCCAGCUCGGAGCAGCCCCGGUUACCGAACUCACCGCGGGUUGAGCUGGGGACAAGGGAGAGGUGGGCAUAGCUCAGGUAAGGCCUGCAGGGCUCAGCUGCCCCAGGGAUCGCUUCUCUAUCAUCUCAGAUACUUUUAUCUCUGAGUUUAUUACAGAAUAGGCUGAGCUGGAAGGAGAAUAAUCGAGUUAAACUCUGAAGUGAAUGGCCCGCCUUGGUGCUCUAGCACGGUGCUCUAACCAACUGCAGCACAUUGAAAACACACCCAGCGUUUUCCUCAUGCUUUUCCUGUAUCUGUUACUCCAAACCACAAGCUGUAACCCUUUCCAGACCGAGCCCACUUGUAUUGCUAUGCAGAUCUCUUCUGGUUGCUAGGCUGCCAAAAUGAUACAAUAACACUUGGUUUUGUUUUCCAGCAGGUCAUGGCGGUUGCUCCAGAUCUUCACCGGCAUUAUAUGGAGGCCUGUCAAAAUUUGAGCCAGCCUGAAAACCCCUUCAUUGCUCGUGUGCUUCAAGAAGCUGAUAAAAACGAUGAAAUAAGUACAAAAGGAAUCACAUUAAAAUUAGCUGGAAAUAAUCAUCUGGUGCCUGUGCCAAGAGUUACAGAUAAUGAUCUUGCAGUUCUUGUCUCUGUCCUAGGCCAAGCUCCCUUUGUCACAGGUUUGGAUCUUGCCUAUAAUUUAUUGACUGAUGUUGGAGCAGAGAUCAUGGCAUUAUUCCUCCAGGAAAACUCCACUCUGCAGUAUCUGAACCUGAUGUUCAAUGACAUUGGCACAAGUGGGGCAGAGCUGAUAGCAGGAGCACUCCGUAACAAUCAAAGUCUUGUGCACCUGAGAAUGACUGGAAACAAAAUAGGAAACCAAGGUGGGAUGUUUUUUGUUUCAAUGCUAGAAACUAACUCAACCUUAAAGAAGUUGGAUCUUGGAGACUGUGAUGUGGGCCUGCGGUGUCUGAUAGCAACAGCCAUAGCCCUGACUCAGAACAAAUCACUCAAAGCCAUAAACCUCAAUCGUCCUUUGCUAUCCACCCAACAGGAAGAGACCACAGUUCAUAUAGCUCUGAUGCUGAGGAGUAAUUCUUCUCUUGUGGAACUACAUUUGGGCAAGCAUGAAAUGAAAAACUUUGGUGUAGAGCGACUGUGUGAUGCCCUGUAUGAAAACUCCACCCUGAGAUACCUUGACCUUAGCUGUAAUAACAUCAUCUGUGAUGGUGCUAAAUUUUUGGGAGAGCUACUAAAAAAGAACCAUACCCUGGAGAUCCUGGAUCUUGAUGCAAACCGAAUAGAGGAUGCUGGAAUCAUUUACCUGAGUGAGACCUUGGCCACGCGGAACAGGACUCUGAAGGCGUUGUCUGUUGUAAGCAACAAUAUAACUGGCAGAGGACUUGUAGCUCUUGCACAGGCAAUGCAUUCCAACAUGACACUUUCCCAUAUUUACAUCUGGGGGAACAAAAUUGACAGAAGCACCUGUGCAGCAUUCGCGGAGCUGAUGGCGGUGGAGCGCCUGCACCCGGACUGCACGGACGUGGCUCCCUACAAGGUGGACGGGGAGAUUUUCCUGGCAGAGCUGUCCCACGGGCUGGCCAAGCACCGCUACUGGAGCCCGCGCUGCGCCGCCGUGGCCCCCGGCGCUGCCAACGCCAGCCUGGAAAUCGUCCCUGUCUCGGAGUAUUUGUGAGGAUCCUGCACCCCGGGCACCCCCGGAACCCGCCCCGAGCCUGAGCUUUCCCUACCUGGUUUCUAGUAAAAUAGGUUGUUAUAUCAGUAUCACACUUGCUGCACGUUGUUUCUUCGCGGGUUGAGUCUUGGAGGAAUCUACACCGGCUUGAAAUGGCAACAAAGAGAAAGUAUCCAAGAAAUGACCUCAAAGUUUGUUACUAAGUCAUGCUCAAUCUAUUAAACGUCUGUAACUAUGAAAAGGUUUGUACCCAGGCAGAGCAGACUGACAAAAGCAACACCCAGGACUGCUGCUGGGCAGCAGAUCAGGUAUCCUGCAGAGUCAGAUUCCUGCUGAAGCUGAGAGCUUUGGGUAAAUCCAUUUGUUAGCACUGUUCUCCAUGAACUCUUCCUAAGCAAUUGCAUCCUUUUGGUCUUCCAAUAGUGACUUUUUUU